ACGCGCUCACGAAUCCGAGCAUACCUACGAGCCCCAUCAGAAAGUUUUCCAGCCCAGCAACUGCAACUCCACACACUAACACUCAUACACGCCAAAUAUCCGGCAAUAGCAAUGCAUGGAUGUCUGAUUGCGCGAGGCCCUCAGGAUCAGUUACCUCGUCAACGACAAAAUUCAACGCUGAAGCUAAGGAAUUUAAAUUCGAGCCUGGAGCCUCCGCCUUCAGCUUUUCCCCUAAUACUCAACCUUUUGUACCGAGCUCUAUUGCUUCUUCGCCGAUCAGUACCCACUCUCGGAAUCACUCGAGGAACCAGAGCGCUAGUGCUUUUGGUGGAUUUGCCAAUUUUGGAACGAGUAGCUUUAAUGCUACCGCCACUACCUUCCGCCCCAGUUUCUUGACUGGCUCUCAUACUGGUCUAUUCGAGAAAGGGGCGGCUGCUUUUAGCCCCAAUGCACCAACAUUUACGCCGAGCUCUCUUUCUAACUCAGUAUCUGCCCCUCAGCCUUCAAGCACCCCUUCCACCCUGCCGCCAAUCUUUUCACCCGUCACGGAGGAUGCCACAACGGUUAAGAAGACACCUUCGGUGGUCCGACCGCCUAAUAGACUGAACGUGCACCAAAAGGCUGAGGCGGCAGCAGCAGAAGGAGUGAAUGGGGAUAGGAGAGAUGCACCCACGGCUGAUGAAGGUGGCCGGAAGAGAGCUAAACGUGGCCCGGUAUUGAGCAUUGUGAGGGAUACUGAAGUGCCAUCUUUGGAGAGCCUGACACCCACAAGGGAUACUGUUGCCGAGCUUGAUGCUGCCUCGGACGCUACUGCUGCAGUCGAAAGUGGGGGUGAAACCGAAGGAGAGAAAUUAAUCAAGGAGGUUCCAACAGUCUCCGUUGACAGUGGAGCUGGUUUGGAGGAUUCAGGCUUCCAACCCUUUGAAUUUAAGAACAGCGAGGACGUGGCAGGAUUUGCGAUUGCAGACCCUAGAUGGGAUGGGCCUUCCAGACGUGAAUCACGUCCUGAUAUACUCACAGUAGGAGACCAGUUGUCAGUUGAAGAAGCUCAAUUUAUAGCUGCAGACACUCCACAAGAUACCCAGUCGGAACACAACUCCACAUCCCCGACCCCCCAAGUGACUGCUCCUCCUGUGGAGAAGUUCAACCCAGAUGCACCGACUUUCUCGCUCAAGCCUGCAGCGCAGGAGUUUCAUUUCGAGUUUGCCUCGGGUCCGAAGCCGCCAUCGCCCUUGUCUAAGAAGCUUGGCGGGAUGGCCGAAUCGCGUUAUGCUCACACUCCAUCACCACCUCCAUCUGACCCACUUCCGCCUCCGCCUGUUACCCACAAUAUGCCUACGUUUACUCCUCCGAUCAACGAUUCACCCUACCAUCCAAGCUCGGAUCCCUACAAGACCAACGCAUUUGGCGAACCAAUUACUAGGCCAAUGUCUACGGAUGAAUUUAUCCAGCAUCUAGCUGUGUCUGAUCCUACGUUUGCCGAUCGAGAUGUUCGGGAACCGGUUACUAGCGAUGGCGAUACUACCACUCCGGAGGAAUCAGGACAUAGGACCUUGUCUCCAUGGAAGCGCGGAAGCCCGAAGGGGAUGGGUAUUCCCGCUUUUGAUGAACAGACGCCCCAGCAUGUGUUCAACUAUCUGGACCGGAGCGCUGGUCCAAGUCCCAGUCCGAGGCGUGCCGCUGCGGUGCCACCUUACACCCCCCAUCGCGCCUCAUCUUUCUCCCCCGAUGAUGAAACUUAUGAACACGCUCAUACCACCGGUGAACCUAGCUAUCAACCUCCUUCGCAAGAGAUUGGCAUUGCUAAGGAAGCUGAUAGUGAUUGGGACGAUAUGAUAUCUGCUAGUGAGGACGCUAAACUACGCCCCCAAAGCCGACUAUUCUUUGAUGCACACGUCGAGGAACUUGUUGGCGGACUUUUGCAUGCCAGCCUCGAACCUAUGAACAAGAAUAUCUCAUCGGUCCACGACCUCCUGAAGACCUAUUCUGGGUUGUAUCCCGGGAGGGGAGGAGGAGCUAUAUCUACAGCAGCCCACAGCGAUGCCGAUGACGAGGACGAUGCCGACGGCUUUCAGGCACCGAGAUCUCCUAGGAAAGAUCGAAAAGGUGAGAUUCGGUCUGCGGUUGUCGAGGCUCUUACGAUGCACAACUGGAGCGCUUCUACUGAAGACAAACUUUCCGAGAUCUAUGGAGCGAUUGCAAAGAUUAGUCGUGCUUUCCAAGAUAACAAUCUAAACGACGACUUGGCGGAGACCCGAGCCAGUAUUUUGGAAGCUCUUUUGAAGAUGGCCCAGUCUGAAGAAGUUGCGGCGGUGAAGGAUGCGAUAACCGCAUCGGCAAAGACUGCGACGAAGACUGCUGUCGAGCUGGCAGAGUUCAAGGCGAGAUUUAUCAACUCCUUCAGCCAACUUGCUCAAGUGGACGAUGUCAAUGGGGUGCGAGAUUCCCUCGAGGAGAUGAUGGCAAAUGUUCCCUCGCCGCGUGAUCUAGUCGAUAUCAGGUCGGGGUUGCAGGAUAUUCUUGUCAAGACAGCACAGAGGUGUGACAUUGGUGAGCUAAGCGGUGCCGUUGCGAGAAUGGGACAGGAGGUUGCAAGGAGAGAAGAUUUAGAGCAUUUCCAGAACAUUGCUAUUGAUGUCUUCUCGAAGGUUGUUAAGAGCAAUGACCUGCUGGAAGUGAAGGUUCUUUUGGGUGAUAUUCAAAAGGCGAUUACUAGCAUGAACUUUGCUUCCGAGGUUCAGAAACUCUGUCUCGACAAUACUGCCCUGAGGUCAAUGCUCGGGGAUGUGAUGAAGAUGACACAGGAUAGUGCGGAGAACAUCGAUUUCCACCAAGAGUCACAGGAGUCUGCUAUCAAGGAUAACUAUGAAGCUCUACUGGAGAAGUUUGAUACCAUCCGCGAGUCCAUCUCCGGCGUCACUAAACUGAUCGAGGAACGCUCGCUUACGAACGGACCGCAGCAACCUGUGCCUCCACCAGCCGCCGACCUCGCAUAUAUCAAGUCGGCUGUUGAGAAGAUUGACCGAGGUGUUCAACUCAGUUCGGAGAGGCAGCUUGGAUUGGAUGACUUCCGGCAGGUUAUUGAGAAGAUGUCAGUUUCGCACCCAAGGCUCGAACAGAUCAGGGAAGUGGUUUCCGAUGCUGUCGCCGAUGUUUCAGAAUUGGGCGACAUUAGGUCUAUGGUAGAGGAAGUCUUUGAAACUCAGCCCAAGAUGGACGAUCUCAGACAAAUGAUGGAGGAGCUGUUCAUGAAGCAUAAGAUAGAGGAAGUCGCGAAGAAGGUUUCGGAUGUCAAUGUGGAAGAGAUGCAGUGGAAUAUGACUAGGCUGGAGAAAAUGCUUGCUGAAACACAAAAGCGAGCGGAUGAGGAAGCUCAGCUUAGAAGAGACUCCCGGGAAAAGGCCGUUGAGCUGGAGGCCAGGCUCCGGAUCGCGGAGGAGGAGCGCGUCAAGCAGAGAGAGUUGGUGGAGGAAAAGGAUCGCCGAUUGAAGGCAACCGACGAGAAGCGCCACCAGACUAUAACCCAAACUCAGAUGAGAAGUGCUCUCUUGGAGGGUGCUCACUCCUCGCUCCAGAAAUCAGUCACUGACCUCUCAGCCAAGAACACCACCCUUGAAGUCGGUCUAAAGGAAGCACUUCAGACUGGCGAACGCCUCCGGGAGGACAACAACAGAUACGAGGAGGAGAACAGAGAGUUGAGGAGGGCCAUCGACACUUUGCGAACUGAAAUGGAGGAAAGUAUUCGAGUCCGAGAGAAAAACCGCGGGAAAUUUGACAAAUUGCAGGAGGACAUGACCACCGCGGCAGAAGAGAUCGGAAAGGAGCAAGGCAAAUGGCAGAAGACCUCUGAAGAACAGAAAGCCAAGAUCGAAGUUCUCGAAGCCCAGUUAGAAUCAGAGCUCACAGCGAAGGAGACCUUGGAGAGUGAGGUUAGGAGACUGGAACUUGAGCAAAAGGAGGCGAUAAAGAUGAAGGUUGAAUUGGAACGGGUGAAGAAGGCUAGUGGGAAGAUGGAGGAGAUGGUGGAGGCAUUGAAGAAGGAGGCAAGCGAACGGGGGCAGCAGAUUGAAGAGAUGGAGAACAUCAUUCAGGAGGACAGAUCCAGCAUCGCUCUACAAGAAGCCGAGAAAGCUAAGUCCACCGCCCUCCUAGAGCAGCAGCACGAGUAUGAACGACAGCUCGGCAUGAUCAAGUCAAAAUAUGAGGACGAGGGUCACCUGAUCAAGAGAGCAUUGGAUAACGCCAAUGAGGAUAUUCAACGUACUAAAGACUUCAUGAAAGAGCGCCUUAACAUUGCUUCUUCUGAAUCCGAGAUCCUCCGCGAACAUAUUUCCCAUCUUAGGGAACAAGUCAAGGUUGCUACGUCGGCCGCUCAGGCUGCCGCCCAGGCUGCUACAUCUGCCAAACUACUCGCUACACCAGCCGCUCACAACGCAUCCGAGGAGAGGGCACUUCGAGAGUCGGUCGAAGUCCUUCAGAACCAGCUUCAGCAACGCGAGGCCCGGAUCGAGGCAUUGGAACAAGAGCUUUCGAAAUUUGAUAAAGCUGACAUCAAGCGAAAGGAUGAGCAAAUCACCUGGCUACGGGAACUUCUCGAAGUGCGCAUCGACGAAUUGGAGGAAAUCGUCCACGCGCUUAGCCUUCCAAACUUUGAACGCGAGCGUGAUAAUAUCCGCGAUACUGCCCUCCGCCUGAAGACCAACCUGCAGAUGGAACAGCAAGAAAAGGAACGUACUGAGCGUAGGGAAGCAAGUCCUGCCCCCAGCGCCCUUGCUGCAAGACUUCCUUCUGUCGCUACAAAUGCGUGGGUUAGCUGGAGGGGCAAAGGGACCGGAACAUCCUCACAAACACCCUCGCAAACCAGUUCCACACCUUCCCGCCCAACUUCUGCCGCUGGCUUCCUCGGCAUCCUUACCCCCCCGAGCGCCUCCGCGGCGCUUGGUGGUGCUCGGGGACUCGGCUCGAGGUUUACAAGAAGUCCUUACACGUCAGACACUUCACACCAGUCACUACCCGCGCACUCCCUCCGCCAGCGCGAGAAACAACCUGCCGGCCGACGUCUCCCCCCACAGUUAUUCCACAAGGCAUCCUAUGAUGACGAUGCAGAGUGUAGCCUUGGCCUGAGCCCUGGCAGAACACCCCCGAUGGACGAAACGGACGAUGAUACCACGGAGCGUGGAGAUGAUGAUAGAGACUCGGAGAUGGGAGGGUAUUAUAAUAGGCAAUGAGUUGCUAGAAUUUGCGAACUUGGGGAUUUCCUUUUACUUAUUUCUUUAGUCUGGGAGGUUAAUUGAUUUAUAUAUAGCGCUGUCUUUUUCUGUUCCUUUUUUCUAUACCUAUUCCGCGGGUGGUGUAUUUGGGAUUGCGGAUUGGCGGUGGUGGGAGAUUUCAGAGAUCCGAUAUUUGCUCUCAUUCGUUUCUUUUCAUUUUUCAUUUUAGUUAUUUCUUUUGUCUGUCAUGAUUGAGUCGGCGGAUGAAUGAUAGCACGAGUGGAGAUGGGAGGAGAGGUUGCGAGACCUUGAAAAAAGGGAGUUUUUUCUUCUUUGUUUUAACCUAACGUUUGUGAUUCCAUUCCAUUCCCUUCCUUUUCUUUAAUAUUACCCUUUUUUCCCCCAUUAAACUUUUCCUUUUAAUUCUCCUGAAUAGCGUUUUUGGUCCCCUUAAGCUGCCCUCCCCUUUUUUCUACUCAAUAUACCUUUUUUUCAUUAUAUUUAUUCUAUCUAUUUGUUAUGCUUCGUUUUUUGUGAAUAGUGGUUUUUAUUGUGGGCGGGGUUGUACGGGAUGCUGAGAGAUUUUCUCCAUGACUAAUUCGGAUUCAAUUUGUAGCUUACGUUAUUAUCAUUAAUUGUCUCGCG